CUUCUUCUAAUUCUUCAGUUUUUUUAUUUUCCACUUCAAUGGCUUCCAUUCCUCAGUUCUUUACCGACCAAUCAUUUUACAGCGAUUUUUCACAGUUUCCUUACCCGGUUAUCGCCGGAGAUAGCCAAAACUACGGCGAUCAUCCAUCGGCCUCCAGUGGAACAAUUUCCAGUGGUGCCAUUUCAGCUUCUAGUGGUGGUGGAGGUGCUAUAUGGGGUGAUGAUCAGACUUUUCCCAUUUCUUUUGAUAAUGUUUUGCCGCCGGAAUCCGAUGUCGUUUCGCCUCCGACGAUGACGAUGUCGUUCCCUUGUGAACAUUUUGGGUUUGUGGACUCUUUGCCUCCUGUGCCCACAUUGCCUGACUAUAAUAGCACCGCCGUGUGCGGCGUUUCUGGGAUUCAAAACUUCGGAGCCAGACUGCAACAUCCCGAUGUGUGUGAGUUUGGAGAUGAAUGUUGUGGCUACAUGCAAGAUUUCAAGCCACCGUAUCCUGCAGCAGCCGCCGCCGCCGCCGCCGCAGAAAACUGGGGAUUCCAGAGUACCCGAAUGCCAUUAAUGGAGGAAGCCAAUGCUAAGAUUGGUAGGUAUUCUGUAGAAGAAAGAAAAGACAGAAUUCUGCGAUACUUGAAGAAGAAAAAUCAAAGGAACUUCAACAAGACCAUCAAGUAUGCAUGUCGCAAAACCCUUGCAGACAGAAGAGUUCGAGUCCGUGGAAGAUUUGCAAGGAACAGUGAAUUAUGUGAAGAAGAAAUUAUCAAGAACAAUGAAAAUAAUUCUCAUAAAGAGAAAGAUUUAUUCUGUAAUUCUGAUGGAAUCCAUGAGACUAAACAAGAUGAUGAGUCGUGGCUGCAGGAGGCAAUGGCAAGUCUGAUGUAUUUACCUUACAUUGCCGGAAAUUAAUCAGACAAUAAAUUUAUUAUUGAUGAAGAUGAAGAGCUAGGUCGAUUGAAGCAAAGAGAAAUAGAGAUUCAUGCAUGCUUUAGUUUUAAUUUCUACGUGUAGAAAUCAAUAAUAUUUCAUGCACUAACAUUGAAUAUAAGUACGACACAAAAAUUAGCUAUUUGUCAUUAUCUAAUUGAAAAAUACAUCAAUUUUUGUAUUUAUAUUUAUAUUUAUUGUUAGUAUAUGUAUUAUUCCUGGAGUAAAAAUAUUCUCUAGCCAAGCUGAUAAGUUUAGCCAUGUAGGGUCGAUUGCUUUCGAUGGAGCUGGGCUUUUGUUUUCCUUUUCUUUUAAGUUGGUAGCUAGAAAGUUGAAAAAGAAAGAGUUUUCCAUCUUUGUACACUAAUUCCUUCUUUAUUCCCUUUGAUAUAAUAAAAUCUUGUACAUUUG